GAACGACAGCUCCAUUUCGAGAUCUACUAUUUGAAUUCUCCGAUCGCCGGUCGCCGGUUAGCCGUCGUCUUUCAGUUACACAGAGAUGGGGCUGUGUUUCACCAAACUUAUUAUUUGCCUCUUUGCUAAGAAAGAAAUGCGUAUUCUUAUGGUUGGUCUCGAUGAUGCUGGUAAAACCACAAUUCUCUACAAGCUCAAGUUGGGGGAAAUUGUUACCGCUAUACGUACUAGUGGCUUCAACGUGGAAACAGUUGAAUACAAGAACAUCAUCUUUACUGUGUGGGAUGUUGGGGGUCAGGACAGGAUUCGACCUCUAUGGAGGCAUUAUUUCCAGAACACACAAGGCCUCAUCUUUGUGGUUGACAGCAAUGACAGAGACCGUGUUGGUGAGGCAAGGGAUGAGCUUCAUAGGAUGUUAUAUGAGGAUGAACUAAGAGAGGCUGUGCUGCUUGUUUUUGCAAACAAACAAGAUCUUCCAAACGCAAUGAAUGCGGCUGAAAUCACCGAUAAGCUUGGACUUCAUUCUCUUCAUUCUCUUCAACAGCGGCACUGGCAUAUCCAGAGUACAUGUGCCACUUCUGGAGAAGGGUUAUACGAGGGACUUGAUUGGCUAUCGAACAAGGCUUAGAUCAUCAAUUAGACUCUGCUCUCGCUUGUCGCUCACUUACCUACAUCUGGAGUAUAGUUGUUAAACACCAUUUGGUUAUUUUGGAUAGAAAGAAGAUUAAUCUCUGAAAAAUAUUCUGCAUUUCUUUCCCUUUUCAUGUUUUUUCUUGUUAAUGAAAUCCCAUGG